AUGCAGCGGACAAGAUUGAAUGGGUUAUGUGCUGCCUUAAAAUUGUCGAAGAAUGAUUCUCAGUUUGCGGAACGUCUUGCUGAGAUCAUAAUAUCUGAGACAAACACCAUGAACUUAAGCUCUUCUCGGUCAUUUGGUUUGUCACUUGCUCAUCGCCAGAACACACGAGCAGUUUCACUUCUCCUUUUGAUUGUGGACUUCGUAUCUGAAGAGCCUAUUCUUGACAUGGUCUUCGACACUUGUGUGGAAUGGAUCGUUGAUCCAUGCCAGCAGUUUUCGAUCAAGCUCAUUCUUGAGUGGCUGCUUGUUCGCUUAGCGCUGCGCAGCCCCAAGUUCAAGAAGAAGCUUAUUGAUCACGAGCGUAUCUUUGCCAAUAAAAGAAUAGGGAGUGUUUCUUCUUGGAUCAACAUGAAUAUACUGAUGUCUCGUGCAGAACCAUCGUCAGCUGGAUACAUCGAGUUGGUUUUGCCGUGGACUACUGCACAGAAUUUUGCUGUGCGAUGCACGGCUAUCGCUGCUCUCCGUCUGCUUUACAAAAAUCUCAGCACUGAAGAUAGGAAACGAUGGCAGAUACUCCAACAUCACUUUGAUAUGCAGACCAUUUUUCUCACAGUACCAUCCAAAACGGGUAUGACUCCCGAAGAACUUCUUCCAGUAGAAUUGCUAGAGAAAUGUAACAACUGCUUCGUGCGAAGCUUGAGCAACGACCAGGAUCUCUCUUCUGCUCCAUCUCUCGUGUAUUCUGGGCUUUCGAAAAGUAGCAGCUGUGCUCCUGAGAUUACUUCCGAAGAAUCGAAUUCAGUUCAGGAGAAUGGAGGAUUAUGCAGAACGUGCGAAAUUUUCGCCGUGGAUACCCUGGUGAUAGCCGACCUAAUCUAUACCGCUGAUGCAGGUUUCAAGUCACUGAGCAUGUCAGCAGAAAAGCAGCAGAAGAUUGAAGCGGUGGGUUAUCGCUUUGUUGAUCUGAAUGAGUUAAGGUGAGA